GCUGACGUAAAUAAACAUCUGAAUAGAAAUAAGCCUACUUACAUGUCUACUCCACCCUCCAACUAUAAAAUACAGCCUGCUCUAGAUAGUAUUUUAUUAAGCACAAUAACAUUUCAACGGGUAGGCCUACAGAUCCGAAUGCACAAGAAACGUGGAUGAAAUGAUGAAUCUGGGAUAUAAAAUCAUGUUCUUUUUAUCAAUUGCCAUACAUCCCUCAGCUGAAGUUCCAUCGAUAUGUGGUACGCCACCGUCCUUUCCACACAUGCAAGUCAGGAACAAAUACCUGAGACAGAAAAACAUAUUCAGCGAAGGAGCUAAAGUCCUCUACAGAUGUGCUGAGGGCUAUACUCAGUACAAAGGCAUUCGUUCUAUCAUGUGUGAAGCUGGAAAAUGGACAAUGUUAUCCAUGAAGUGUGAAAAGAAAACGUGUGGAUCUGCUGGGGAGUUGUUCAAUGGACACUAUGAUUACACAGGGGCUUCGUUCAGGGACAAGGCAUAUGCAGUGUGCAAUGAGGGGUUUACACUGAAGGGGAUGGAAUACAGAAUGUGUAAAGAGUCUGGCUGGAGUGGAGAGAUUCCCACUUGUGAAGUAGGAGGUAAACCACAAGUGGUUCCAGCAGAAGUGAUCUGCCCUGAUCCUUCUGUGGCCAACGGUGUGAAGCUGAGUGAGGCUGACUCAGUGUACAGGGUCAGAGACACAGUGACCUUCACCUGCUCUGAGGGUUUCCUCCUGACUGGAGCCCAGCAGCUUACCUGUGGACCAGAUGGCCAGUGGCAGCCCCAGCUCCCACUCUGUCAUUCCUCUGAUAUAACUCAAAGCUCAAAGCCUGAUGGCAGAUGUAGAGUGCCACCGUACCUCCCCAACGCACUCCUUUCUGACCGCUAUAUAACACAGACAGACUUUGGUCCUGGUGAACGGGUCCGUUACAGUUGUGCCUUGGGAUACGUGAGAGCAGGAGGCACUUACUAUAGUACCUGUGUCAGUGGGAAGUGGACGCCGGUAACUCUGAGAUGUGAACGCAAAUCAUGUGGAUCUGCUGGAGAGAUCUCUUAUGGUGAUUUCAUUUAUACCGGUGUACAGUUUGGGGAUACAGCUACAGGGGUUUGUAAUGAGGGGUAUCAACUGGUUGGACGGGCUGUAAGAAAUUGCAUGACUGAUGGCUGGGAUGGGCGUGUUCCGGUCUGUGAACCUGUGCAGUGUGCUGAACCGCCUUCGGUGGUAAAUGGAGUAACAAAUGGAUAUUUGGAACCACCUUACUUGUACAGCACUGUGAUUGGCUAUCGAUGUCGCGUAGGGAAACUGAUUGGAGCGAGAGAGAUCUACUGUACCAAAGAUGGGACAUGGAGUGAUCCACCUCCAGAGUGCAAAGGGGCAUGGUGAUGGAUGGACCAGGCACCAUCACAUAUGGCCUGGAAGGGAAAUGGACUCCUGCCCUUCCCACAUGAAAAUACCGGAAGAAAUGAAAGUCAGCUACAAUUGAUCAUUAUCCUGAAUGGCACCAACUCAACAACUUUACCAUAAUAACUUUUACCAUAAUAAUUCAACUCAAUCCAUUUUAUCUAGUGGUGUAAAGUACUUAAGUAAAAAUACUUUAAAGUUCUACUUAAGUUGUUUUUUGGGGUAUCUGUACUUUACUUUUUAUAUUUUUGACAACUAUUAUUUCACUACAUUCCUAAAGCAAAUUAUGUACUUUUUUACUUCAUACAUUUUCCCUGAACCUGAAAAGUACUAAUUACAUUUAGAAUUCUUAGCACGACAGGAAAAUGGUCUAAUUCACAACCUUUUCAAGAGAACAUCCCUAGUCAUCCCUACUGCCUCUGAUCUGGCGGACUCACUAAACACAUACUUUGUUUGUAAAUGGUGUCUGAGUGUUGGAGUGUGUACCUGGCUAUCCAUAAAAAUAAAAAAUAAAAACAAG